AUGUUUGCGCUCCUGAUUCUUCUCAGCCACCUGCCCACAGUUACCUUCGCGUUUCCUCAUUGCACAAGAAGCCUUCAGGAUUCCGGGCAUGCCAGAGAGGAAGUCUUUACGUCAAAAGAAGAAGCAAACUUUUUCAUUCGCCGACGCCUCCUGUAUAACAGAUUUGACCUGGAGCUCUUCACUCCUGGCGACCUGGAAAGGGAAUGCAAUGAAGAACUUUGUAAUUAUGAGGAAGCCAGAGAGAUCUUUGUGGAUGAAGAUAAAACGAUGACAUUUUGGCAGGAAUAUUCAAUUAAAGGACCAUCCACAAAAUCAGAUAACAGAGAGAAAAUGGAUGUUAUGGGGCUUCUGACUGGAUUAAUUGCUGCUGGAGUGUUUCUCGUUAUUUUUGGAUUACUUGGUUAUUAUCUUUGCAUCACUAAGUGCAAUAGGCAUCAACACUCAGGUUCUUCGGCUCUCUAUGUAAGGCGGAGCAGGCACACUCCCUCGAUCGGUUCCAGAAGACCCGAAGAAGCUGCCUUAUCUCCGGUGCUAUCUCCUGUUGAGGACGCUGAAUUACCUUCUUACGAACAGGCAGUGGCACUGACCAGAAAACAAAAUGUUUCACCACCACCACCAUAUCCUGGGUCACCAAAGAGUUUUAGGGUAUUUAAAAAGUCGAUGUCACUUCCAUCUCACUAA